CAACAGCUUGAACCAGGAAUCUUUGAAUCCAACCAAAAGAGCAUACCUUUUUGAAGCAAAAGAAAAUGGCUCCCGUCGCUGUCCAGACUCCUGCUGAGCCGGCACCCGUCCGCGGGCCCAUCGACUACAAGGAGGCGUUCAUCACUGGCCCGAAGGCAUACAACAAGGAGUACGAGGAAAAGGGCAGCGCGCACCAAGCUCCUGCAAAGUAUCCCAACUACCUGCCCACUUGGGACUCGAAGACAUACCCACCACUCGAACCCUUUACCCACUACGACCACGGCAAAGAUGCCGAUCUGUCGUUCCCUCACCUGUUUGCGGACGUCAAGCCAAAGACGCUGACGCCCAAGAUCGGGUCCGAGGUCCAUGGCGUGCAACUAAGCAAACUGUCUGAUAAGGGAAAGGAUGAAUUGGCACGCUUCGUUGCAGAGCGGAGAGUUGUUGCGUUCCGCGACCAGGACCUGGCAGACCUGCCCAUCCAAGAGGCAUUAGACUUUGGAUCGUAUUUCGGUCGGCAUCAUAUUCAUGUCUCGAGCGGUGCGCCGGCUGGCUAUCCGGAGAUCCAUUUGGUCCACCGCAGUGCUGAAGACACGGCUGCUAGAGACUACUACCAAGAAAGGACAAACUCAGUGACCUGGCACAGCGAUGUCACUUUUGAGCAGCAGCCUCCGGGGACCACGUUCCUUUAUGUCCUCGACGGACCUGAGGCUGGCGGUGACACGGUGUUCGCCAGCAUGGUGGAAGCGUACAACCGCCUCUCUCCAGAGUUCCAGAAGAGGCUUCAUGGCCUCCAAGCGCUGCACUCUGGCUUUGAGCAGGCCGAGAACAGCCUUUCUCGCGGUGGUGUCGUGCGGCGCAGCCCCGUCGCCAACACUCACCCGCUCGUCCGGACGCACCCCGUCACUGGCGAGAAGGCGUUGUUCGUCAACGCUCAGUUCACUCGUCGUAUCCUGGGCUUGAAGAAGGAAGAGAGUGACAUGCUGCUGAAGUUCUUGUUUAACCACGUCGCGCUUGGCACUGACUUCCAGGCUCGCGUGAAGUGGGAGCCGGGUACUGUCGUUGUGUGGGACAACCGCGUAAGUACCCACAGCGCGCUGCUUGACUGGGACGAUGGACACCGGCGUCACUUGGCCCGCAUCACUCCCCAGGCGGAGCGUCCGUACGAGACGCCUUUUGAGGAGCCCAAGCAAGGUUAGCAGGUUAGCAAGUAUAAAUGAAUGAAUGAUUGUGUGGCGGUAGACAUGUCCGGUGAAGCUGUAACAUCAUGUGUUCUGGAGCAGAAGUAGUAUGAACGAGGCGCAGUUGGAUUAAUCGUGACCGGAUUGCGUUUGUAGACAGCUUCAGAUAUAGCCGGGGCGGUCGUUUGAGGGGAUGGAGUUGAGACGUCUUUUGAGCAGCAAUCGGGUG